GGACCUCAAAGUGUGGGGUAGCUCCAACCUUAUCCACCCGCCCAACCCAAUUCAACCAGAACAGGCUCAGACAAGAACUUUAGAGCAUCUCUUGUACAAACCCAUUGGCAAAGACGACAGCGAUCGACCAUCUCAGGUCAAAUACCAUCAUUCUUUCAAGCUUACCUGCGCCUCAAGCCACUCCAGAGUUCCUCAGCCAUGCUGUGUUCCACAAUCACGCGAACCGCAGAUCGCAUGGCCCGUCAGGUUGGACUGCGAGUAGGAUCCAUCUCCGUCAUGGGAAGAAUCUCCAUUGCGCGUCAAUUUUGCAUCGCAGGUGCUCCAGCAAGAAAGAGUUUCCAAGGGUUGCCAAAUUCAAUCAAGGCCUUCUCAACUACUGCCCCAUUGUCCAAAGGUCUGUCGCCAGAAAGUGAAUAUCCCCAACCCAAAGAAGCUGAACCCCAGACCAUAGCCUCAGCACCAGUGGACUUGACUGUCGAGAAAUAUAACCAAUUGAGCAACGAAUACUUGGAUGACCUUGUUGAGAGACUAGAAAUGAUGGCAGAGGAGAGAGAGGGAAUUGAUGUGGAGUAUAGCGUAGGCAGAAUCUGGCUUAUCAAAGAAGGAUGUAUGCUAACGGGCACUUAUGUGGUAUAGGCAGGGGUUCUCACAAUUAAUAUGCCAGGAAAUAGGACAUAUGUUAUCAACAAGCAACCUCCAAACAAACAAAUCUGGUUUUCGUCUCCCAUUUCUGGCCCAAAGCGAUACGAUUACGUCGUGACAGGCGAAGGUCAGGAUUCCAAAGAAGACACUGGUUCAGGCCAAUGGAUAUACUUACGUGAUGGAUCCUCCUUGAAUGAUCUUUUAGAGACAGAGGUGGGUGUGGAUAUGCGUGAAGACGACUUCCAUUGAUGAUCCGGCCGUGGCUGUUUUGAUAGGUGACCUGGAUCUUUCUCUCCUCACUUUUCUGUUUGUGGUAUUUCAUGUAAGAUGAUGCUGGUGUUUGGGAAGGGAAUGGGGUAUGGAGUUCCAGUUCUGAA